AUGGCGCAAGUAUACCGGAACGCCGCUAUCACGCUGGCAGCCACUAAAGCGCACAGUAGUACCGACGGCUUGUACACCAAGUCGCCUACAUACUGCGUCACAGGAAACUCCAUGUCUUCUGGCGAGCCGUACGCCCUGUUCUUUCGACAGAAGAUAGACCACCACAGCGAAAACACGACGGUUUUGAGCGGAAACAACAGUAUUCCCGGCUUCGUCUCUCACUCGACUUCGGAGUACCAUCGACUGCUUACGCGUGCAUGGGUAUUCCAAGAACGGCUUCUGUCGACACGUAUGCUGCAUUUUGGUCCGUAUGAGCUCUUCUUUGAGUGCUGCACAGAUAUGCAAUGCGAAUGUGGUGGCGUUCUCUUCCUUGGCUCAUCGGAGGAUAUUCCCUUGGUAAUGACGAAACUGUUGUAUACGGACGCUAUGGAAAACCAUGACAAGCGCAAAAAGAUGCGCGUAGUGCCCUCGAUGGCAGAGGGUGGCACCAGAUCAGCUGGCCACUGGAUGGCUCGGCUGUGGAGAACAAUGGUCAGUAGCUAUAUGGGUCUCGACAUCACGAAGCCGCGCGACCGACUGCCUGCCAUUGGUGGUCUGGCCCAGGUAUUAGCUACAAAGCGCACAGGGACAGGUGCAGAUCCAGGUCACAGCAACUACCUAGCUGGAUUGUGGCUGGACACUCUGUCAGACGAUCUAUUGUGGAUCGUAUACGGUGGAGCAUCGUUGCAGCCACGGCCGCGCACCUGUGACGAUCUUCAGUGUCUCAGUGCGCCUACAUGGUCCUGGGCUAGUGUCUGUGACAACACCCAAUACUAUGAUGAGAUCAUGUCCUGGCACCCGGAUAUCUGGUGGUUUGAUGGAAUUGUGUCUGAACGGGGACGACAGCCUCGCCAUCUUGCACAAAUCGAGGCUUGCACUGUGGCUUUGGAUGGCGAUGAUAAGGGUGACGAUGAUAAGACUGGCUAUCACCAAGAUUGGUGGAAACGCAAAACUUGGAUUGCUCUUUGA